GCUUUAGUUUUAGUUUGACGUCGUGUUCGUGGCAAGCUGUUGUGUUUAUUGUGAUUAUAGUUUAUUGAUAACUUACCGCCAAUACGCCUUACUACAAGUCUAAUAAUAUUCAUUGUUUUUAAACUAUGAAUGGACUGAAGCUAUUUGGCGGUGUUGAGGGAGGCGCGACACAUUCUAAUCUCGUGAUAUGCGACGAAACAGGGAAGGUGGUUGGCCGCUCAAAAGGGCUCGGCACAAAUCACUGGAACCUCGGUAUUGAAGAAUGUGCCAACAGAAUCAUAAAGAUGGUGGAACUGGCGAAAGACGACGCUGGUGUACCACGGGAUGUGCCUUUGGAUUCUUUAGGUCUAACACUAUCGGGCUGUGAACAAGAAAGCAGUAACGCAGAACUAGCUAGGCGCGUCAAAGAAAUGGACCAGAAUUGUGCUCAAGAGAUAUUCGUAGCCUCGGACACAGCUGGUUCCUUGUUCACAGGCGCUACUGAAGGAGGCAUGGUACUUAUUGCUGGUACAGGAUCAAACGCUCUGCUCAGGACACCAGAUGGUCAGCAAUUUGGUUGUGGUGGAUGGGGAUACCUUCUUGGAGAUGAGGGUGGUGCAUACUGGAUAGCCCACAGAGCAAUCAAAAUGAUAUUCGACGACAAAGACGGUUUCCGCGCUUCCCCCCACCCCACGGACAAAGUGUGGGAGGUAGUUAGGAAUUACUUCAAGGCUGAAACCAGAGCGGAUCUGCUGCCGUAUGCGUAUAAACACUUUGAGAAGUCGUUUUUUGCAGGUCUAACAGCGCACCUCUCGGAACUAGCGUACACUGGGGACACGCUAGCGCAGCACGUGUUCGCGGACGCGGGCGCGUCGCUCGCGCGGCACGUGGCGGCGCUAGCGCGGCGCGCGAGCGGGCACGUGCGGGUCGUGUGCGUCGGCUCCGUGUGGCGCAGCUGGCCCGUGCUGCGGCCGGGCGUGCUCAGCGUGCUCAACGAGCGGCGGAUAAACAUGGAACUUGAGCUAGUCCGCUUGCGCGUAUCAAGCGCUAUGGGCGCCGCGUGGCUCGCAGCCAAGCACGUAAACUACAAUCUGCCGCGAGACGAUACAGCAUUUUGCGAGGUUUUCUAUACAUACAGACCGGAGAACGGGAAGGUAAAUGGUCACAAAGAAAAUGGGUGUAUUGGCUGCGGAUGUACCGAAUUUUUUAGCUAAUUAAUAAUAAUUUUUAUUGGUUCUUUGAAUCUAGACUAUAGCUAGUCUGGGAAGUCCAGACUGCAUUUAGGUAUCAUAUAAAUUGUACCAGAAAUGGUGUGUAGAACUUUUUAUAUAGCUAACAUUGUGAAAGGAAAUGUAUUUUUGUUUGUUUUUGUAAAGGAUAAUAAUUAUUAACAAGAGAGUAAUUAGAAAUUCUAUAACUAAAUAAUUUCGAAUGCAUUUUCCUACAAAAGGCUAUAAAACAAACAAUGUUAGUUAUUGAAUAUAAUAUAGAUAAAUAAAACACCAUCUCAUAUCAUAUCAGUCAAAAAAUAAAGGGCUUAGAUUUAAGAUCUAUGUGCCAAAUCUAUUUUUUACAAUUUUAAUGUACGUAAUAUAAUCGUUAAUAUGUGUAUAACGAACUAAUAAGGUUUCUCAAAUAUUAUUUUUAGUAACUCAAAUUAUUUGUAUACAAUUCGAGUUGCUCAAAUUAUUUGUAUACAAUCUGAGUUACUCAAAUAAUUUGUAUACAAUUUGAGUUGCUUAAUUUUCGGGAAAGAAUUGAGAAUCGGGUCUCA